CUUCUGGGGGGGGCGAGGAAUGAGGCCCAGCUCUGCGGUCCGUGGACAGGAACGACCCCCCCGCCUCCUGCAGAUGAAUUUCCUUUCGCCGUCCCGUUCCUCUCCCGGGGGGUGGGAACGCCGCACGGGGCCUGCAAGCCCUCCGGGGGUCCGGGGACAAGCCAAGACUCGCGAAGCAAUACUCUGCUCCCCGGAGCGAAACCCUGCCCCCCAGCGUCUGCGGACAGCAGGAGCGGACUCUGAAUUCCCCGGCUUUCCGGCGCCUGGCGUCCGGCGCUCUGGAGCAGAGCGGAGCUGGGAAUCUCCGAGGCCCUGCAGGCAGCCCCGUGGACAGCCGUGUGUCCGUCUCCUGUGGACAGCCGUGUGUCCGUCUCCUGUGGACAGCCGUGUGUCCGUCUCCUGCGGCGCUGGACACGCUCCAGGCCCUGUGGACAGCAGUGUGUCCGUCUCCUGUGGACAGCCGUGUGUCUGUCUCCUGCGGCGCUGGACACGCUUGAGGCCCUGUGAACAGCCGUGUGUCCGUCUCCUGCGGCGCUGGACACGCUCGAGGCCCUGUGGACAGCCGUGUGUCCGUCUCCCGUGGACAGCCGUGUGUCCAUCUCCUGCGGCGCUGGACAUGCUCGAGGCCCUGUGGACAGCGUGUGUCCGUCCCUGCGGCGCUGGACACGCUCCAGGCCCUGUGGACGGCGUGUGUCCGUCUCCUGUGGACAGCGUGUGUCCGUCCCUGCGGCGCUGGACACGCUCCAGGCCCUGUGGACAGCCAUGUGUCCGUCUCCUGUGGACAGCGUGUGUCCGUCUCCUGUGGACAGCCGUGUGUCCGUCCCUGCGGCGCUGGACACGCUCGAGGCUGGGUCGGGGGGUGGUUUGUGCAGAACUGGGCUUUGACUGUUGUUCAUCGUUUUUAUUCUCCAUUUGGUUUCGGUUGACUUUGUACCCCCCUCGUCCCCGGGAGCGAGGAGAGAGAGGGGGGGACGAGGGUGGCGGGGGUUUCGUCGGCCGGCCUGGGAACGCCGGUGGCCUGUGACCUUUUAUUUAUCUUGGAAGGGAGAAGGCCGACUGCCAUUUUUUUUUUUU